CUGCUUCCGUACUCAAAUCCACUUCUCAAUUUUCCGGCUGUAGCCUUCGCCGCUGACGACUGAGGUAAGUUGUCUACUCGAAUGCUUAUUGUCCCUUUGUUUGAUGAUUGAGACCAUUUCGAAGAGCUACUAAGAAGGAAACUGUUUCAAAGACUUUGAUGAAAGGAACAUUUUCUUCGGCUUGUGCUGUGAGUGUUGGUGAGAAGAGAAAGAGAAGUGAAUAUGGUGAAACUUGCAAUAGUGCUUUACCUAACAGUAGCAGCGGGUCAAAUGAUAAUGGAGAUACAGGCGAGGGAGAAGUGAACUUUGCAGUUGUUGGUCCACAGUUUAACAACUUUGAUAAGCUGAGGGACGAAGUGAACUUUGUAGUUGGUCAGACCUGGGCUCUUUAUGAUACAGCAGAUGGGAUGCCUAGAUUGUAUGCUCAGAUCAGAAAAGUUUCAGCUCCUUCGUUCAGGCUUAGGAUCACAUAUCUUGAGCCAGAUCCAGAUGAUGAGAAAGAGAUACUAUGGUUUGAAGAAGGCUUGCCGGUUUCUGUUGGUAAGUUCAGGCUUGGACAAAGUCAGAACACGAAAGAUCGUUUCAAAUUCUCUCAUCUUAUCCACUGCAAUGAAGGAAGCAACUCUGCUCAUUUCACUGUUUUUCCAAGACAAGGCGAAACUUGGGCGCUUUACAAGAACUGGGACAUUAAGUGGUCGUCAGAGCCAGAUUCUCACAGCAGCUAUGAGUAUGAAUUUGCCGAGGUUUUGUCAGAUUAUGAUGAUGGAGCUGGUGUCUCUGUUGCAUUCUUGCAUAAAGCAAAAGGCUUUGCGAGUGUAUUCUUUCGAAUGGAAACAGGUGAUGCAGACAUAUCUCAGAUUCUACCUCACAGUUUAUAUCGUUUCUCCCACAGGAUUCCUUCCUUCAAACUAACUGGAAUGGAAGGAAAAGUUAUACCAAAAGAUGCUUACGAGCUGGACCAAGCUGCAUUACCUGAUACUAUAGCAGAGAAAAUUGUCCCUUCUCAUCUAUUAGUAGAGGCCAGCGCUUCAAACUGUGAGAGUGAUAGAAAGAUUAAACCUCAAACUAUCUAUUUUGCGAGGAAGGGGAAGGUUUUUCAAACUGGCCAGAUUUGGUCAUUUUGCGGUGAUUAUCCGGAGUUUCCUCUGUACUACGGUAGGAUUCAGAAGAUCACUUUUACUCAGGUACUGAAGCAGAAGGCAGUAUAUAAACUACACAUAAGUCGGCUAAAGGCUACUAGUUCCCCUGAAGAUGUGAUCCAAUAUGAAGACAAGAAAAUGCCUGUUGGUUGUGGAACUUUCUACGCGAGAAAAGCUCUUGAAAUAAUCAGUCCAGAUGAUGUUUCACAACUGAUAGUGCCUCAAAUCUCUGUGGAUGGAAAUGAAUAUACCAUUCUGCCCAAGAUUGGAGAAGUUUGGGUCAUAUACAGAUUCUGGAGUCAAUACAGGGAAUUAGACAAGGUUGGUUUAUGCAGCUAUGACAUUGUUGAAGUUCUUGAUGACACCUUGGAUUAUAAGGUCCAACUGCUGGAGCGCCAGCACGGCCCUGUUGAAUAUGAAGACAUAGAUGAAGAUGAAGAUGAAGAUAAAAAGAGGCUCUUACGUUUACUCAAAAGGAAAAAGAAGUUCUUUCAGGAAGUUAAGGAGUAUCAGUAUAACGAAAUUGAUGGGUCAGAACCAAUAUUUACGAUCACGAAGUCGGAAAGGCUCAAAUUCUCUCAUAAGGUUCCUGCUUCCCGUGUUAAGAAGGAGGUAUACGGAGAGAUUAAAGACCUUAUAUUAGUUGAUUCAGUAGCAUUGCCUGAUAACAUUUGCUCUCCGUAGUUAAUACCAGUGAGCAACUAAAGCGAGGGAGGCCAAUGAUUCCUUUUUUUUUUUUUUUUUGGUUAGCUUUUCCUGAUUACAUGAGGUUUCCACAUCAUUUGGUACAUUUUCGGGGUUUGUUUUUUUGGUUAAGCAUCUUUAACAUUCUUCUGUAUGAUGUAAGAAUGUUUUUAUAUAUGGAUAUGAA